AUGGGUCCAAACCAUCCUGAAAUUGCACAGCAAGUGAGCGAACGAGCACUCAACUCGGAUUCUGGGUCUGAGGACGAGGAAGAGAUGGAGGGGCAGUCGCCAACUACAGGGUCCGCUAGUCAAGCUCAAUCAGCCAUUUCUGACGCCUCGCGAAUGGAACCACAACAUAUUGCCCAAGAAGGCUUGAAGAUACACUUAGCUGACGAUUCAAUGUCUCCCCCUAACCACUUGUUCCACCAUAGAGACUCGGGAGUGGAUGCGGGCGAUAUCAAGCGUAGCAUGAUCGCGGCAGAUCGACGCGCAUCACAUGCAUCUUCUGCGAGCUCGAUACGGACCGGCAUACGGAUAGAAGCAACUCGUACAGGUUCAAUCACCCUUGCAUGCAGUCCUCCCUCCACACUGGUAGCUCCGUCAUCAAAUCCACCGAGCCAACAGCAUGGGCCGAUCACGAACGAAUACUCACACGAGGAUCUAUCAAGAACCCUCCGGCAGCUUACAAUACCGGCACCAUCGAGCGACAAAUUACCUGCACUACAGACUACUCGGCUAUCUUCACGCGAAGGAUCAGCAGCCUCGCCCAAUCAUCAGCAACUUCCUUCUUUUCAGCAAAUCGACAACAUGGCGCGGUCGACGAUAAGCGAUCAAGAAGCUCAAAGGACAACCGAGUUUCGUCACCGACAGUCGAUAUCUUCCAUGGGUCACUCGCCGACUUCAGUCGCGCGUCAGUUAUCAAUCAGCUCGUUGUCUCCUGCAAGCCCUUUCCCACCAUUUCCCGUCACCUUGUCGCCCGUCAGCGCAAGUAGCGAAUCUCAGAAACGCGAUGUUUUCCUCACAUCGGGGCAUCUCACUCUCUUUAGUCCUGGCCUGCGGAGACCAUCUCAAGCCUCCGACCUGCACUCAGCAUCGUCGCCAAGCGAUAGUUACCACAGUCCAGAGGGUCUCAGUCCAGGAGCGCUACAAAAUCCCGGAGACAACCGAACACGGCACAUGAGCAUGGACGGCGCAUUGUCAAGACAACUUCCGCCGCCACAUAGAUCUAGUAUACCACAUUUUGGCUCACCGACUGGGAGUUUCGUGUGCAAAUAUUCAGGGUGCACUGCUGCGCCGUUUCAGACACAAUACCUGUUGAAUUCUCACGCAAACGUCCACUCCCAAAGCCGCCCACACUACUGCCCUGUCGACGGCUGCCCCCGCAGCGAAGGCGGGAAAGGUUUCAAGCGCAAAAACGAAAUGAUCCGGCAUGGCCUCGUGCACCAGUCGCCCGGCUAUGUCUGCCCCUUUUGUCCCGAUCGCGAACACAAGUAUCCCCGACCCGACAAUCUGCAGAGACAUGUUCGCGUCCACCACGUCGACAGAGACAAAGACGACCCCAAACUACGCGAAGUUCUCGCCCAGAGAGUAGAAGGCGGGAGUCGGGGGCGCAGGAGACGGGUAUGUUGA